AUUGUGUCUCGAGCAGCCGGUGGAGCGGAGUAGCUGUUAGCAGUUAGCAGUUAGCUCCCCCUCUCUCUCUCUCUCUCGGUGUGUUUUAUUGUAAGCAGGCGCGAGCGAGCAGCGAUGUCGGGCCGGUCGGUGCGCGCGGAGACCCGGAGCAGGGCCAAAGAUGACAUCAAGCGGGUCAUGGCGGCUAUUGAGAAAGUACGAAAAUGGGAGAAGAAAUGGGUGACGGUCGGCGACACGUCUUUGCGAAUCUACAAAUGGGUGCCUGUGAUGGAACCCAAGACUGACGACAAGAACAAAAACAAAAAGAAAGGCAAGGACGAUAAGUACGGCUCGGAAGUGACCACGCCGGAAAAUAGUUCCUCACCUGGAAUGAUGGACAUGCACGAUGACAACAGUAACCAGAGCUCCAUCGCUGACUCGUCCCCCUUAAAGCAGGAGACCAGUAACAACACCAGUCCCACCCCUGAACCGGCAGCUCAGAGCGACGGCGGCGAGGCCAAGAGCGAGCAGUUUCCCAGCAAACAGCUUUCGUCCGGUCAGGACAGUAAGACGGGACAAAAUCACUCCUCAUCAGAGUCCACCACCGCCAAGAGGGAGAGCAAGUCACAGGGCGAGCAAGAACAUCUUACAGACACCUCCAAAGCUUCUCAGGAUAUGGAAGAUGGUGCUCCUUCUAGCAAGAAAGGCAAACUGGACUCUUCAGAAGCCAACUAACUGUCUGUGUUUGCCAACUGUUACACUCUAGUGAUCUCCCUUUCAUCUCUCUGUAUUCCUUCAGUUCUUCUGACUCCGGACACGAGCUGUAAGCGUAUCGGUUCAUCUGAUUCCCGUCACUCUCACAAGCGCUUCUGUUUAUUUUAUUAUUAUCAUUAUUAUUAUUAUUUGCAGUCGCUUUUCAGUACAGAAAGUGGGCGGAGCUGGAGACGCCGGAGUUCUUAUCGCACUGAUCCUAGAACAGCUCACACAGUCUAGACAGACACGCUCAGCCACUUGACCAAAGUAUCUGGACACCGCUUCUCAGCCUCGGGGCAGUAGUUCAGAGAGGGCUCUUUCCGGUCUAGUGCGGUCCAUAAGCAAGGUUGAUGUGAAGGAUCUCCAGUGGCCAGCCAGGCCUUUCAUCAACGUGUGCCUGCCCUCAUUAACACCCUUCCUGAACAGUGAGGCUGUUAUAGCUGCAAAAAGAGUCAGGCGUCCACAUACUUUUGGCCAUUCAGUGUAUUUCUCAUGUCUUUUUUUUAUUAUUAUCAUUCGCAGUCGCUCUUCAGUACAGAAAGUGGGCGGAGCUGGAGACGCCAGAGUUUUUAUUGCACUGAUCCUAGAACAGCUCGCUCGGUCAUUUCUCUCAGCCACUUGACCCUUCCAGCCACGCCCAUUUCUAAAUAAAAUUCAUUCCACUCCUUACAUUUUGGGGCAGUAGUUCAGAGGGGGCUCUUUAAGCACGGUCCAUAAGCAAGGUCCGUCUAGGUUGAUGUGAAGGAUCUCCAGUGGCCAGUUGCGAGCCAGGCCUUUCAUCAACGUGUGCCUGACCUCAUUAACACCUUUCCUAAACAGUGAGGCUGUUAUAGCUGCAAAAACAGGUGUCAGGUGUCCACAUACUUUUGGCCAUUCCGUGUAUUUCUCAUGUUUGUUUUGUUUAUGAUUUGAUUUUGGUCAGGACGGUGAACACACUGUAAGUAAGCAGCGCUGAACUCGAUUGGUUUUGCCGCCGUACCGUGCCGUGUCGAAUAGCUUAGUCCGACAGUCCGGAGUGAGUGGUGCUAGUCCCAGAUUACAGACUGUAGCUCGUAGCGUACGUCCCGCUCGGCCGUGUGCCUUGCGAUAACUAGAAGCUCGAUCAGCCUCGUUCUCACGCGUCCCUCGAACGUCCCUCGACCCCCCCAUCCGAACACGUAUUAUAUCAUUACAACAAUUUAUUUUCCACAGUGGCAGUUCUCCGACUCUCCGAUCGUACUCAUCCGAUUCAUCAAGGAUCCGUCUCUCUCUGGCGAGCGCCUGCCGUCAGGUCUCCGUCUCGUGGCAGCCCGGAGAUAAAAAUAAUAAAAGAAAAUAAAACAAGAAAGUGAUUUUCAUUAGACGUGAACAGGCAGGUUAGCUAGACAGCUGAGCAAAUACCUCAUACGCAGACCAGCAGUGCUGGCGUACAAACACUAACUAGAUAUGACUUUUAAAGAAACGAGAAAAAAAAUCACUCGGAUGUGUCCGCUUGCGAAAAUGUGUAUAUAUUUAUACAGCCGUUAUUUUACUUUGAUUUCUUUCUUUCUUUUUUGCACCAGUUUCUUUUUUUGCCAAAGUUUCCACCUUUUUGACGAAAACGUAAUUCAUUGGGACCAUUUUUAUUCCACUCUGCUUUAGAAAUGUUGUGUACAGAUUUAUGGUUGUUUCAUUUAUUUAUUCCACAUGUAGGUUUUUUUUUGGGUUUUAUAAAAAAAAUAAAUGAAUUUUCUUUGAAUAA